AUGAGUGACAACGCUCCAUCCUUGCCCCAGCUCCCAGGCAGCGGUGCCACCCCUGCGGAUCCAGACAAGGGAUGGAUUGCGGCUAUCGUGGAUCGGCUGGUGCCGAAGUUUCAAUCUGGCGGUGUUGCUUCCUCCACGGAUCCUGCAAUGCAAACUGAUGAUGCUGGCAAGUGA